AUGUCUUUAAGGCUUCUACAAAUGACCCACCAAGAGCCAUAUAGAUGGUUCCGUCAUGCACCACAUCCACUUAAUCUAAGCAAUCUCACUUCGACACCCGCUCCAUUCCUUCGUUCUGGGCAGCAAGGCGAACGGCUUUACAUAGCUAUAAUGCCAGUAUCUGUCGCUACCGUCCGCGCACUCCUCGAUAACUCUUUCACGCCGUCGGCUACAAACAUCUUGGAAGCACUGGACCAUAUCUGGUCGCAGAGGGACAUCGAGAUCAUGGAGGCCAUGAGGAGCGUCCGCCAAUUUCUGGAUAUGGAGGCACAGGUAGCUGAUGAUGGAGAACUUUCUGACGAGGAGCAGUUUACGUCUGCAGAACGGGAUCUAGAAGACGCCUUCAUCAACGACGGGGCGGAAAUAGGCGGGGAUGACCAUAGAGGCUCUCUGGCAUUCCACAGUAUCGAAGAUGGCGUCGAGGAGGAUGAAUUUGACCGACUACUUGCACGCCUAGAGGCUCAAGCAACAGGUCCUCGUCGCCCACGCUUGGAUAGACGUUUGGAGGAAGAGGAUAGCAUGACCAAGCUCCAGGAGACGAUUGCGCGCCUUCCGCUUGACACUGACUAUCCUCUCUGGAGGGUUGGAUGCCGGAUCGGUUCCGAGGAUGCGGCUGUUAUAUCUCUUCUCCAGAGCGCAAGGGAGAUCCAUCACAUUCGUUCCGCUUUCACUCGCGGCUCUAUACGUGGCAGUAUCUAUGUUGAGGAGAUCAUGGAUUCAGCACUCGUAAACCUUCUCUUGUCCACGCCUGGGAUCCUUCGUAACCACCUCGGAAUCAAGCGCGAAAUAGUGGAUCGGAGCCAUCAACACGAGCUUCUGACUAUGAGGGAUGUCAAGAAGGAUUUUGACGCUGGGAGCUGGGUUUUGAUUCAGAAAGGAAUAUACAAGGGGGACGUUGGGUUGGUUUCAGCAACUUUCUCCUGGGGCGCUCAGGUUCUUCUCAUUCCUCGGUUAAACUUACAAUCUGCAAAGUCACGGAAGAGAAAGUCAUCGGUACUGGUGCCUCCAGCAAAACUUUUCGAACCCGAAGAAGCCCGCAAACUCAUUUCCACACCUAUUAUUUGCAAUGCGGAUGGAUCUUACACGCUUGGACUUCUCAAGUUUGAUCAUGGACUGUUGGAAAAAGAAUUUGACUUUGCCUCCAUUGCUAAUUUGGUCAUGGAUAUUCCGUAUUCCCAUUUCUCCAUGUUUAGGAGCAGCAAUCAUCCCGACAUAAUGCGAGCGCGUAUGCCACGUCCUCGGGAAUGGUGCCUACAACUGGAAGAAGAGGUUUUAUUUCGUACCCCAGGCAUUGCGGAUAGGCCCGCAAAGUGGGAACCUGCGGUUUUGAAAAUGCUAGGCACAUAUGACGUGGAAGCAGAACAGUCAACAAUCAAAGGUGGACAUGAAAUAUCCCGCACUGUUAGGGGAACAUGGCUAGAUAUUCGCAAAUCGCCAAAAAUUGGACAAUUCGUUCGAGUUGUGAGCGGCCCCUAUUUGGAUUACACGGGUUGGGUCGUUGGGGUCCACGAAGAUCAUGCACUAAUAACGAGAAGUUCAGCGGAUGGUCUCAUUUCGAUCGUGGAAACAAGGGCUGAAAUACCUUCGGCGCCCAUCAAUGGAAAAGAACAACGCCACGUACCGACAGAGGAUGAUGAUCUUCAAAAAGAUUCAACAGAGACGGAUGUAGGAACGGACGCAGCCAUGUCAAUAGAUUCGCAGAUGACGCUAGGGAAUAUGGUGGUGCAUUCGGAAGAAAUCGCUCAAACUCUGGAUCAAUCAGGUGUAACGUCAGAACUGGAAGAAACAUUGAUUACGGAAAGGAGUUUGCAGGCAGAAGAGGGGGAAGUAUCUGGCGCUGUGGUCAAUAUCGCAACAGUAUCUAAUCAGAAUAACUAUGGGGCAGACAAUGACAAGUUUGAGACGGUGGAACAUUUUUCGGUGUAUGUCAAUCUCUUGGACACCGCGUUUUCUGAGCCCCUAUCUCCUCUCAUAUCGGAGUUAAAUCCAAUUGAAAAAAGGCCUUCAAAACAUCCAUGGUGUGGCUUAGAGGUCAUUAUACAAAAAUAUCGUCACGCGCGCAAGGGCGAGACUGGACGAAUCAAAGACGUCCUUCACCAUAUAGACAACGCUGAACUGCAACUUGUUAUUCAACUCACCCGUUUUAAUCCCUUUGCACCGUUUCAAACAAUUGUUGUGGAUUAUGAUGAUGUUGUUGAAAUGUCGUCCUUCAACGAGCUUGUUCUUUUCCUUGAUCCUGGGCCAAAUUUUUUCCGGCCUAAGCCGAAGUCUUCCCUGAAGCACAUCCGCGAAGUUCUCCCUGACGUACCGCAAACGAUCGCGUCAGGGAGCGACACACCGAUGUACUCCCAAGAGUCUAUGACUCUAGCUUGGGACCCCUCCUCAAGGACACCUGACCCGGCUAUACAUUCUACAAGUCUUGCCUUAUCAGAUCCGUCUGAAUCUGUUUCCUCUAUGACUGAAACCAGUCACUCUCUAAAUCCCCCUACAUGCAACCAUGUUCUCUUGAACCCGAAACUGGUGGGUAUCAGCCUGAACGUCAUAGUUGACGGCGGACAGUACAACAAGAAAGCGGUAGUUGCCACAACUGCUUGGGAGGUCAACAACCUCGUGCUAAAGUGCAAAAAGUACAGUUCAUGGACUGUGGUGGACCCCACUUGGGUCACUCCGAAGUAUGCGAAUCCGAUACAUGACAACGGGCUUCUAGUGGUUAUCAAGGGGGAACAUUGCGGGAAAUUCGUUCGUCGCAUUCAUCAUGAAAGUCUCUCGGACAAUCCAACAGUCUUGGUCGCUGUAGUCACCGUAUCCAAAGGUUGUGUAGACGUUUUGACUGGGGAGCGAUUUACACUCAGCACGGAUUUCCUAUGUUCAGUUCCCGAGUCCAAAAAAGACAGAGACCUUAACUCUAACGUUAUGACUCAGUUAAAAGAACGGUACAAGAAAAAGACACUAUGA